ACCUACUCACUACUGCACUAAUAUCUCUCAGCAACACUCUGUGUGGAAGUUUUCAAUCAACCAAACAAAAAGAGAUUUGUGCAUCGAACAAAUAAUACUCUACAGGCAUUUGAGCAGAACUAUUGCAGUAAUGGCCGUCCAAGAUGUUGCUCUUUCCAUUGUGGGGCCAUUUGUAGAGAAGUGUGUUAACCCAAUUUUGCGCCAAUUCAAAUAUUUAAUUUUCUACAAGAGCAACGUUCAAACUCUGAGCAAUGAGAUCAACGGACUUGGGCUACAACAAGCUGAAGUUCAGCGAUUGGUAGAUGUAGCAGAAAAUAAUGCUGAAAAAAUUAAACCAACUGUUGCUGAUUGGAUGAAAAAUGUAGAUGAUCUAAAGAAAGAGGCAUAUACUAUUUCUCAGGGUAUGGAGAGUGUUGAGGUGAAUUGCUUUAAUAUCGUUAGGCUUCCAAAUUUGAAGUCACGUUAUUUGCUAGGCCGACGUGCUGCAAAAAGAACAGAUGUUGCUCAGAAACUUAUAGGAGAGGGGAAGUUUGAUCAAGUUGGGUACAUAGCUCCAUUAGGGAAGAUGCCUUUUAGUGAACAGACCCAAUCCUCCAAGGAAGGCCUAGUUAGUCAGAUGUCAAAGAUGAAGGAAGUGAUAGAAGCUCUAAAGCAAGAUAAAACAAGCCUAGUCGCGAUUUGUGGUAUGCCUGGUGUGGGCAAGACUUUUUUGGCAGAGCAAAUCGCAGACCAGGUUAAGUUUGAAAAGUUGUUUGAUGAAGUUGCCAAAGCAAAUUUGUCUCAAAUUCCGAACACAAGAACUGUUCAAGACCAACUUGCCGAGCAGUUAGGAUUGAAAAUUUCUGAGGAAACUGAUCGCGCGAGAGCUGAAAGAAUGUAUACGAGAUUAAGCAAUGGUGAAAAGAGAAUUCUUGUUAUAUUGGAUGAUGUUCAGGAAGAAGUUGAUUUUAAGAGUCUAGGAAUACCUGUUAGAGGUGAAUGCAAGGGCUUGAAAGUUAUAUUGACAUCUCGCCUUUCUCAUGUCUGUAGUAGAAUGGGAGCUCAAAUUUUUGAGGUCGGUGCCUUGCCGAAGGAAGAAGCUCGGCAUCUUUUUAAAGAGGUUGUCGGAAUUUCUGAUGAUUCCACUUUGAGUGAUGUUUCAAACCAGGUUGCAGACGAAUGCAAAGGUUUACCUCUUGCAAUCAUUGUUGUUGCCAAGGCAUUCAAGAGUAACCACACAACACCAGAAUCCUGGAAUAUUGCCCUUCGACAGCUAAAGAAGUACACAAUGAGAGACAUAGAAGGAGUUCAAGAUUUGGUGUUUUCAAGCAUUAAGUGGAGCUAUGAUCAUUUGGAAAGUGUUGAAGCUAAGUCGUUACUUUUGCUUUGCAGUUUGUUUCCAGAAGAUUAUAGUAUUCCACUUGAAUGUUUGGUUAGGUAUGGGAAAGGGUUACAAUUGUUUCAGGAUAGAGAGACAUUGGGAGAUGCAAGAGACAGAGUACACAUGCUUAUUAAUGAGCUCAAAAAGUACUAUUUGUUGGUGAGUGAUGGCGAACAAAAAGACUCUGUGAAAUUGCACAAUGUCGUGCGAGAUGUUUGCUUGUCAAUUGCAUCAAAAGACGACCAUGUAUUUUUGGUAAGGAAUGCUAGAGUUGAAGAACGGCAUCCUUACACGGCCAUUUCUCUAACAGUGAAAGAUUACACAGUUCAACUACUUCCAUUUGGCAAGAAGAGUCCAUGGCUUAAGCUGUUGCGUCUGGUAUUCCAAUCAAACACUUUGUACCUAUCAAUAGAUUCUUUCGUGGGAAUGGAAGUUCUGAGGGUCAUGGAAAUUAACAAUGCAUACAUUGAAUUUACAGUAUUAUGGCCUGCCCAAAAUUUAGCGAGCAUUCGCACACUGUGCCUGGAUGGUUGCACAUUGCGCACUGGAACUUCAUCCAUGAUUGGGUAUAUGACGCAGUUGGAAAUUUUGAGCUUCUUUCAGUCCGCACUUGAAGACGAUCAAUUUCCAAGGAAAAUUGCUCAGAUGAGUAACUUAAAGUUGUUGGACUUGAGGGUUAGACGUAGCCUCCAACCUUUGCCUCGUGGUAUCCUGUCAAGCUUGAAGAAACUAGAAGAAUUGUAUUUGGCACCUGAUUAUCAUCUGCACCUGGGGAGAGAUAAAGAAGAAGAAAGAGAAUGCAUUAAAGAGAUCAUAUCACUCUCCAACCUUGAAUGCCUCCAAAUUCAUGUAUAUGACCUUAACCUCCUACUCCAAUUAUUGCAUGGAUUUCCCGCUCAGAGGUUGUCAAGAUUCCUCAUUGAAGGAGCUGCUUAUAAUAUGGGCUGGAGAGAUCUCAGUAGGGACUUUCAAUUUGGGAGGACUUUCGAACUUCAUUUGUCUCAGGAUGAACAGUUAAAACAAGCAUUGGAUCCUGCAGUUACCAGCAUUGUCAAGAGAGCUGAGAAUCUCACUUUGGACCUUUAUGAUGUGUCAAGCUUGAGGAAUCUUGUGAGUGACUUGGAUAAAGAUGGAUUUGCCAAUUUGAAAAGGCUUCAACUAGUGUCUGGAGUAUGCCAAUGCCUUGUUGAUUCCACCACCAACCUAGUUGCUCCACAUGUUUUUGGAGAUUUGGUUUGUAUGAAUAUUGUGGAAUGCAGUUUGCAAGAAAUAUCUCAUGGAAAUCUUCCACCUCGGUGCUUCAGUCAACUUCAAGAGGUGAAACUUCAAACUGUAGAUACAAUAAAGUACUUGUGGAUGGGGCCAAUUGAACCUCCAUCGCUUUGCAACCUCAGUGUUAUUGAGGUCACUUAUUGUGAUCAAAUUACAAUUCUAUUCUCACAAUCAGUAUUGAAAUGUCUAGUCAAACUCCAAAGUUUAACGACUGAAAACUGCAAGGAGUUGGAGAAUAUUGUUAUGAGGGAAGAAAGUAAGAAGAAGGAAGUGCUUGAGCUACCCCAACUCAAAGUUUUAGUCCACAAACACACCAACUUAAUGGGUUUUGGGUCCAAAGAUGAUGCAGCUGAUGCUUUUUUCCACCGGGUUUCACUUCCUAGCUUGGAAGAACUCGAGUUUGGACCGAACACGAGUGACGUGCAACUAAUAAUAGGAGGUGAAAUGCCAAGUCAGUCUCUGGAGAACUUGAAAUUUUUGCGGUUGGAGGACUGUCAGGUUCGAUGGAUUGCCAAAGCUGAUGGAGUGAUAAUAUUACAAAAUCUGCAGAGACUUGAAGCUCAUGGAUGUGACAGGAUGAUAUCACUCUUUGAAUUUGAGGGGCUGAAAGUUCCUAGGCAAUCCCAUGAGGAACUUGCAAUUCUUCCCAAACUAGAGUCCCUGACAUUAAGAUCCUCAGGAUUAACUCAUAUUUGGAGGAAUUUCCCUACAGGGGUUCAAGUUUUCCGGAACUUAAGGAAUCUGAAAGUAUGGCAUUGCAGAUUAUUACAAUGUUUGUUUUAUCCUCCUUGUGUGGCUAACAUGCUUGUAAGCCUUGAGGUACUAGUAAUUGGUUGUUGCGACGAAAUGCAUGGAGUUAUAGGUGAGGAAGAUGAAGAGAUAAGUCAAGAAGAUGGUGUUGGAAAUCACAGAGAAAUUGCGUUGGAAAGAACCAAUAAAGAAUUUGUGUUUCCCAAACUGAGCUCAUUAAGUUUUGUUAAUCUCCAAAAUCUUGGAAGCUUCAGUGGUAGUCACCGCGAGGAUUGUGACUUGAAAUUUCCCUCACUGACUCAAUUGGAAAUAUGGGGUUGCCCGGAGUUGAAGAAAUUGUGUUCUGGAAAGUUGAAUGCACCAUUACUUAAGAAAGUGAAAGUAACAGAGAAUACAUAUAUUCCUGUGGAUUUAAAGGAUAGAGAGCUCAGCUUCUUUACCACAUCAGAGAUAUUUGGGUUCCGCAGGCUGGUCGAGAACAGAUGGAAAAGUUGAAGUGAAUAUUGCAGGAUUCAUCAAUUUGAGUCGAUAAUAUGGUCCGGUCAGAACAACUGUGGUUGAUGGAUUGGGCUAUUGGACAUGGACAAAACUCUUCGGUGUGAAAAGAAUAUGUGUGGAGUUUAUAUAAGUGUGUUUGGCUUGUUUUGGUUUUUUCUUUUAUAAUAUAAUAAAGGAUAUCUUUCUUACAAUAUCAGUGUAGAAAUCUUUUUAUAUUAAUAAACUUGAGUGCAUGCCGAACGUGUAAAUGGAGAAUUUUUAAAAAUUUGAAAAAAAAAAAAAAUAACACGUCAUGCACUGAAGUUAUCAAUGUAAAAAAAUUUCUACACUGAAAAUGUACAAAAAGAUUAAUCCAAUAUGAAUUGUAUUGUAUGUACUGUCUUAUGUUUUUGCAAAUUGGACUUCAUUUUUAAUAGGUAACCCUGCUUGUGAAAUGCCUAGUAGGCAACCAACAUAUAUAUGUUUGUUUUGUAACUAUAUAUUUUAGGUGCCAAUAAAAAUUCUUCUUAAAUA